UGUUCGAUCAUGUUCUGAAAACCUAUAAACUUACGUGCAGUGGAAAGACCUGUCGUUAAGUCCUGCUAGCGACUAUAUUUUCAACAUUACCGAUCGCAGACAACCACGGGGCUUUUGUUAUGUAUAACCAGGAUUUUUUGUUUAUUACGUUCGUCGGUUUGAUUACUGCUACUGCUGUAUUAACAGUAGACUACGUACACCAUCCGAUUCAAUAUCAUUCCCAAACAGACAGAGGAACAUAUAAUUUCGGCUACGACACAGGCCUCUUUGGAGCUCACUCCUUUCGUCAGGAGUAUCGUGACGAAAACGGGGUCGUUCGAGGUCGUUAUGGUUACACAGACCCAUAUGGAAAGCUCCGUGUUGUCUAUUAUGAAGCUGGGCCUUUAGGCUAUAAGGCUUGGGGUGACGUACAUCCAGACGGCUGGUCGCAGGCCCAACCUCCUAACACUUUGGACAAUUCGAGACCUUCUGGAGACAAUGAUUAUCCACAGGAAUCUCAAAUCAUAACGAAUUCCGUUUCUUCACACAAUAGCUUGCCUAGGCUUUCAGACGCUUCCAAGAAGAAUAGAUAUUCACCUGAACAUUAUCAUACCAAUUAUGCCCCCCAAAUCACAGAAGAUUCACAAACUUCGUUCGGCAAACGAUAUGGUGUUUCGACAACAACCAAAACUACAAAUUCUGUUAAACCACUAACUUCCCGAUCGAACAUCCACAGUGGGGGUCCUUCAACAAUGAGCAUUAAUGGCGAGACUAGGUCAUCAACUUCAAACGACCUAAUAGAAGAUUCAACAAAAACGAUUUUAAAGCUUACAGACAUUACCAAUGAAGGUCAGAUUAGAGAAUCAAGAUCUUCAUUGCCUGAAAGAGCUUAUCCUUUUUCUAAUCGUAGAAACCUUCCAUCAUCAAAAACACUAGAUUCUGUCGAACGUUUCGGUAGAGAGAAAAAUAAAGGGUCAGUUUUAGGUUCAAUCAAAAAGGGAGAUUCAACGAGCUUUUUCAAUAGCGAUGAAGGUAUUAAUACGGAUAUAAAUGAUACUGAAUUUUCCACGAAACCCGUGACAGGUAAUGAUCAACUUUCCAAUAUAAAUAGGAACGAUAGUGGCAGUACAACUACAAACACGAACAUCAACGAAGUUUCUAAAACAAAUACGAAGGACAGUGAUGUUUUAGGAACUAGGACAGACAAAAAUGAAGUUUCAUCUAUGAGUGUGAGAAAUAAUGAUAUUUUGACUACAAGUAUAGAUGAUAUUGUUAAUGAAUUGAUGACAGAUGUAGACAGUACUGAAAAUCCUUCUACCGUGAGUUCUAAAUUCGGAAAUCCCACGGAGAGUGAACCGCCAGAAAGACUUGAAAAAAUAGAUCCUGCUUCCACUACAACAGCAGAGAAUAAUAGACCAUUUUUCAAGUUAAAAAAUCCAAAUACUCAAACAGUAGGACUGAACACCUCUAAACCACCUAACACGUCUAGUACCUUCCAGUUUAUUAUGACAACUCCUAAACAACCCACUACUACUACAGUGAAACCCUUUCUGGCGAAUUCUCAGACGUCAAAUGUUGGUGGGCGAGACCGACAAUUAAGGAAAGAAAACUUGAUGCACGCUCAUUAUCCUUAUUCCAUCUACCCCAAAGAAGUUUGGGCCUACCUAGAACAAGCCAAUGUCCCAAUAAUGCGCAUCAAACAUUAAUAUAUCCUAGCUUACUGAACUUUAGCCCAACUUAUCUACUAUUUGUUUUAAGCACUUUUUUGAAAAAAAUCAGUGACGUAUGACAGAAAUAGACAACAAUAUGUAGCAUACCAGAAAUGUUACCUUAAUGUAGACAGAGUUCAGUGUCAUUAGGUGUCUCUCUCUCUUUUUUUUUGAAAAACGAAAACAAAUUUAGCUACUCUUUGAGUAAAUAUAAUUCCACAUGAUCAAAAGUUUAUACGCAUAGCAUUUUACUGGUGUAUUUGUCUUUGAUUUAUUCAUUUUAUAUUUUGAUCAUGUCAAUAAAAGGUUGAUAUUGUAAUAUAUAAAUAACGUGAACAAACAAAUCAGUAAUUAGUUUAGUUAUACUAAAUAGUCGCUCUGUUUAUUUCCAACUGCUAGUUGGAGCUCGUAGUUAGUGUUAGUGGUAAGGUGUUAAAGUUUUGUGACAGUGAAAAAAAAAUCUGUUAAUAUUUUGGGUUAAGGUUUUAAAACGAUAGUUUAUAUGAGAGUGUGAUAGCAUAACUAAUUUACAAGAAAGUUAUUUUGGAAUACUACUGUAGGUUUUAUUUGUAAAGUUCCUAGGUAUUUCUGUAAACUGUGAUGAUGUCAACUUUAUAACUUGCCAACAACUGCCAACAUAGAAAUAAAGAUU